AUGGCCGACUGCAUCGCGGACGCCGGCGCAAAUCCUGCGAAGCGACAAUGGGGCGGGGCGGAAGUUCAACCGCCGGAGGAGGAGAUUCCGGAGGCGAAGCGGCUCAGAGCCGCCGACCUUAUACUCCUCGACAUCCUCGAGGAAGUCGAUUCCACCGACCGCCCGCUGGCCAGCUCUGCAGCGGGAGAUCUGGACACAGUGCUGAAGAGCUUCCAGGAGGAGAUAUGCGCGGCGGCGCCGCCGUCCUCCCCUCCACCGCCUCCUCCGGGGGGGGAGGAGGCGAUGGCGGCUUCCGAUUCCGACGACUGUGCGGUGCAGCCGGAUCUUUCCUACCUCCUGGAGGCCUCCGACGACGAGCUCGGCCUGCCGCCGACCAUCGUCCCCACCUCUUCCUCCGACGAGGGGGAGGCCACCGCAGAGGGGGACCUCGGAGAGGAGGUGAAACCUGAGGCCGCGCUGUUUGCUCCUCAGAUCUGGGGCUUCGACGACGAGAUCCCCUGCUACUGCGACCCUCUUGACCUAGGGUUAGGCCAGGAAGACGACGAGAACGCCGCCGCCGCCGCCGCGGCGGGCGGCGCUCUCCUCGACGGCGGUCUCUUCGACUACGCCGACGUGGGCCCGUUCGGCCCGUCAGAUUUUCUGGACUACUCUUGGCGGCCAGAGUCCCUGCCGGCCGUCUGA